CUGCUCUCGACAGACGGCACCGCGGUUGGGAAACACUGAUCUAUACUAUAGAUCUAUAAUAUAGAUCGAGCUUUCUCUUUCUGUUUUCUCUUUCCGUUUUUUUUUCCGUUCUCUUUCUCAUCUUUUGCGAGCUGUCAGAAGACAGAAAGAGUGUGCUGACCGUCGUCGACACCCUACCCCCCGAAUAUACUCCUGGCCUGUGGGUCUGGCUCUCCACACGUAACCUUAGUCUCCGGCUACCCUGCUGCAAACUCAGUCCCAGGUACAUGGUUUCAUUCAAAAUCAUCCGACAAAUUACGCCUGUUUCAUAUCGUUUAGCAUUACCACCAGAAUAUUGUAUCUCACCCACCUUUCAUGUCUCACUACUUAAAGCCACUGGUGCUCCAAGAGGGGUGGACCACCUAGAGGAGGCUUACCAGGUGCGAGAAAACCUGAAUUCCCGACACAGGGGAAGAAUUCUUCAGUAUCUCGUGGACUGGGAGGGGUAUGGACCGGAGGAGCGGUCUCGGGUGAUGGACGUAUUCCACAUGGACUUCGUCAGUGCUUUAGUGUUGGAUGAGGAUGGAACUGGAGUGGAUACAGAGGACUUUUUUCAGACCUUAAAAGGCAACACUGUCCUCAUGGUCUUAAGGAAAGGACAGAAGUGGGCUCCACAGCAGAGACACCUUCCAGAUCAGAAGAAAGUAGAAAGGAAACAUAAUACCAAGAGUGGUCCUGGAUGUGGCUGGAAAAAGCCAAGGAAAGACGUUGCCAAACUGACCAUUGAUCUUUACAAAAACCACCCACAGGAUUUUAUUGGCUGCCUAAAUGUGCAUGCAACCUUGUAUGGAAUGUACUCUGUUUCAUAUGAUUUGCAGUGCUAUAAGGCAAAAAGAAUGCUAAGGGAAGCCUUAAAAUGGACUCUCUUCACUAUGCAGACUACUGGCCAUGUUUUAGUAGGAACUUCAUGUUAUAUUCAGCAUCUUAUUGAUGAGGACGAGAAAAUGGAGGCACAACUGAUAUCGCCUGCAUGUAUCAUCAAGCAGUUAGAACAUUAAAUUAUGGUGUUUCACGGCUUGGGCAAACUUACAAGAGAGCACUGCUUGUAGACUUAAUGCUUGAUAAGAAGCAUAUUUGUGAGUUAUUUCCUUCUGUGCGAACAGUAAAAUGUACAGUUAAACUGUGCUUAUAAUUUUAUAUUUUUCUCCUGAUAUCUCCUGUAUUUACAUACAAGUUCUUAAUUAAACAUUUCAUGUGUUAAAAUUAGAGUUGUCAAAGUUAACGAUGUUAACACAUAAAUAACUAAACGUUUCAUGUUAUUUAAUUUAAUUUGGCUUUAAAUUAUAAUUGCCAUCGUCUCAGAAUUGUUAACCCAACUCUUGCGUAUACUGUGUUUUAUUUUGUUGCAUUUAAAAAGUAAUGAAUCUAACAAUGUAACUAAACUACAAUAAAUCAAUAUAUUAGUUGUUUAAUUGUUUUAGUCAAUUGACAGCCCUAUUAAAACUUUUUAACCUUUUCACCUUGUUAAUCUUUGUCUAAAAUUGCAGAGAAUAUUGCAUGUUCUUUAACAAUGUUAACAGA